AUGAAGUCACGGAUAGCGGGAAUCGUAUGCCUGUAUCUCCUGGAGAUUGGUUUCCUGACUAAUGCGCAAGGUACAGUACACCGCUUCGUCAGACAAAAGCAGCAAAACAAGACAAAAACAACAAGAAAAUAAUAUUCAAAAAGAAAAAAGCCACAAAAACUACAAUCAAAACAAUAGGAAAAAAACAAGCAAAACAAUCACAUCAACAACCAUGAAACAAAUAAACAAGCAGACUCCAAGCGUUUAGUUUGGGUUGCCUGUUGUCCAAUGUUUAGUCAUCGACAGUAGUUCUUUGAUUCACAAUGACUUUGGUUUUCUUGGAUCACUGAUCUUCGUCCAUCAUUUAGAAGAGUCGCGCACUCACUUACAUGGUCUAUAAGUUAAAUGGAGAUUAUUCCAUGAAAAGUGCGCGCGAGCGAUUUUUAUCCAUGAGUUCCGAUGCAUCGGAAAAAAAGGGAACGAGUUGAUGGUACAUCUCAGUGUAAAUCUCAGUGUGUUCUCCAAGCCUCGUUUGCAUUAAAUGUUCUUGAAUCUUUGUCACUUCCUAGUUAUUUUUUGUGAGGUUUCUUGUUUGUGUUUUAGAUUUCAGUGUUUUUGGGAAUACUCUCAUAAAAAUUCACUAGUCUUCAUCAUGUAAGCGAGGCCUGAAGUUGAAAAUUUGGUAUUCUGACGUAAGCAUGCAUGAGACCUUUCGCCACGAAUCUGUGAGGAUCAUUUUAUCAAAAACACUAAAUUAAUUUGAUAUAUUAUUUUGAAGGGGUUCCUGGUUUGACGGCCCACUUCAUAAAUGAAACCGCCGUUAAUGUGAGUUGGAAUGCUCCCUCUAGCAAUGAAAAGGUCGCCAGCUAUAAAGUCAUUAUUUUAGAGGGAAAUGCUGAGCUGAACAAUAUAACUGUGGACAAUAGCACACUUUCUGUUAUUAUUUCUUCUCUGGAUUAUUGUAAAUCAUACACGGUGCAAGUGGUCGGAAUCUUGAAGAACGGGUCAGUGAUAACAACUCCAGCACCCGGGAACGUUACCACUUAUCAAUAUAACACUCGUUGCGGUAAGAAUAAGUUUACUUUUUAUUCAUUUCUGGGGAAGGGAAAUGAGAUCACAUGGUUUUAUUUCAGGGCGAGCGGAGAGGAAAUCAGUCGUCGCUAAUAGAGUAUAAAGCGGGGGAUUAUAGAGAAUUGACUGCUAAUAAAGGAGGGAGGGGGUCGUUAGUAUACUUCAGAGCCUUAGGGGGAUCAGGUAAAUUUUAUUGUGAUACAACCAAACCCUUCCGCUCCCCUUUCCCCGGCGGCAAAUAAUGACCAUAAUACAGUCCCCCACUAAUUUUUGGUCUAAGUCAGUAAACUAGCGUACCAGAGUGUCUCAAUGGAAACAUGCAUUGUGUUACGUAUUUCCAAGGAAGAUCUUAUCCCGAGUGGAGUCCCGACUUGGUGUGUUAACUAUUUGUUUUGAUGAAACAACGCAAUUGAAACUAAGGUCAUCUAUUCAAUCGACGAGAAACUCUUCUCACGCAGAGUCUAAGUCUCUUCUGAGUCGGCAAAGGGGCCAUCAACCUUCAUUACUAACUUAUGUUCUCGACCCACAUACUCACAGUUCCAAGGUACAGUGGGUAAGGUCAUUGAUCCAUAACGUUUGUGUAAUAUCCAUUGAUUGGUAAUAUUCGCUUAUUUUCUCUUCGUAGCCGCACCCUCUAUAGCGCCCAAGACGCAGAAGGUGUACGUGCGCCGUGGCCAUCCAGUAACUUUGAAAUGCAACUACUCAGGGAUUCCAACACCGUCUCUAUAUUGGAGAGUGGAUGGCCCUAGUGCGAAUAAAGAUGUCAGGCAGGGAAAUCCAGUGAAAUUAAUCAACCAUAAUGAUCCCAUGAGGUCAGAAGUUCAGACGCUGACUGUAAAAAACGGAAACUUGCAAAUCUCAAAAGUUGACGAUCUGGACAAAGAGAGAGUUUAUAAGUGCGUGGUUGAGAAUCGUCUGGGAAAAGCCUCAAGCAAUGUUACGUUAACUUUGGUCGGAGGUAUGGGGUUUACUUCUAGCACAGUUUUAUAUAUAUAGAUAUAUAUCUAUCUAUCUAUCUAUCUAUCUAUCUAUCUAUCUAUCUAUCUAUCUAUCUAUCUAUCUAUCUAUCUAUCUAUCUUAAAGGACUAACACCUUAAGUAAUAAAUUAUCAACUUGGCUGUGGAAUGUUAGCGGUCGACGUGAUAAUGACCCAUAAUCGUUUUCAGACAAUAAUUAUUUGGAUUGACUGUCUUCAUUUUGACAACAACAACAACAAAACCAACAAUUAUGAAGACAAGUUCUGGAUGUGGAAGAUACUUUGAAGUCCCUACAUCUUCCUGAACUGAAAAUACUCCUCAAUAUGGACUGAUCGGUUUUUUUCGACAAAGUAUUGUAAGUAAAACCAUAAAAACACCGAUAAAGGGGUAAGUGUCUAAGGAGACUGUGGUGCUACGUCGGUGGAAGAGUAUAACAGGGUAAUGUAGUAUUAUGAACUGAGUUGAUAACGUAGAUUAGCCUCCGUGAAGAGUUUCGAAGCAGACGUUUCGAGAGUUAGCCCUUCGCCAUUCGCUCAGACGAAGGGCUAACACUCGAAGCGUCAGCUUCGAAACUCUUUACGGUGGCCAAUUUACGUGAUCAAUUCGGUUGAUCCUACUAAAUUACCCAUAAAAACACUGAACUUUACAUGCAUUUGUUCCAGUUCACGUAUUUUUCAGUUAUGUUCAAUGUAAGUAUCAAAAAAAGUUUUCGCCUGCUUCUUUAUUUUAUUUUCUCUCUUUUUCUUCUGUAAGGUUGUAACUUGCUUAAUCCGUAAAGAAAUCUUGCAAACAUUGACUUAUGAUUGUUCACAGGCAACAGCCAACCAUAGAGCGCGUACAGUAGAUUUUAAUUCAUUGCACACUUCCUAUGAAUUAUGUUAACAGACUACCCUGAGCGGUACUACAUUAACUAUCAGUUGCUCAGUACUUGCUGAAUCCUGACGUCGCUUGGUUUUCUCGCUAAAACCUAAUUGGUUGCUUUCUUCGAUUCAUGUGAGCGUGUUAUUUAAAUGUUGGGCUAAUAUUCACGCUUUGUAUUACUUUAUCGGCAGUUUAUGAGACGGUAGAAAUGAACAUUAAAGUGGAAUGGACCUCAGAAGUCCAAAAGCAUUACCAAAACAAUGCUACGCUCAACAGCUUCCUUGGUCAGCAGAUUAAAUCAGAGGUUAGAUCUUAUCUAGAUGGUAAACAUUGCAAUAUGUUCUAAAUUGUGAGUGAUGAAGUGAUUCUCAGAUGAGAAAUAUAAGCACCUUAUUCGAUGGACAUUUUGCGAGCUGCCCAUUAUUUUUCCGAGCCUUGUAGGGGCGAGGAAAAAUAUGAGCAAUGAGCUCGUAUUGUAUGUUAAACCAUCAAAUAAGGGAUUUAUUAUUCCACUAUUGUUUCAGUUUUUACUGUCUUGAUUUUUCUUUAGUAUGCGAAAUACAUUGUACGGCCUUAUCUCUGCAUCGUAUCGAUUGCAUAAGGAGUACGUGAAAGACGAAAACAACACGAACAAAACCAUUACAGUGUUCUUAGUUACCAACGAAAAAAAUCUCUCGUGCUUUUAAGUCCCUUUCUUUAAAAGUGGAGCCUAAAAAACGAAUUAAAAAUCAAAAUUUAGAUCGCUCAGUGCAGCCAUUUUGUUGCUCCGGAUUUUUGGUCUGUUCUACAGUGUAAUACCGCCGCAUAUUUUGCGCGUUCUCAUGACCUUAUUUGGUAAAAUUAUAUUGAAAUGAAGUGAUGAAUAUUUAUAUAUGAUAUUCUUGUAGGUGGGAAACUUUUCCUCAAAACUACAGGAUAUGAGAGUGUCAGUUAUUCGCACAGUUUUGAAAGUGGAUGUUGAGUGAGUAUUCAAGAGAUUUUUGGUGAAUUGAAUGUACAUUUACUACUUUUUUUUUACAUACACUCUCGCCGUUCGGGUUAGAAGAUUUUCUUUUUCCCAAACCGACGCAAGGGACUGAAUCAGUCAAAAUAAUUUGGUUUUAUUAACUGAGUUGAUAAUGUAACUUGACCACCGUAGAGAGAUUUUAAGGCUGACGUUUCGAGCACUAUUAUAAUUAUUUUUAAUAUUGUUAUUAUUAAUAUCAUUGUUAUCAUUAUUAUUAUUUAUUACUAAGUUAAACCCGUUGUCAUAGAAAACUAGAGGACCGUGGUUCGCUCUGACGAAAGGCUAACUUUAAAUUCGAAGCGUCAGCUUUAAAAUCUCUCUAUGGUGGCCAAUUCAGUUGAUAAAACCAAAUCAUCUUGUUCUACCCCCACUGACCUGACACGAAAAUUUGUUUAGACACAUUACCCCCUUAAUUCAUUAUUAUUUAGUCAGUCUGGUAAGCAUAAAUUUGGCUAAGGUCGUCGAUACGUCAAUCAAUUCCAUUGACAAGAAACCUUUCUACUCUCAACAGUAAGAUUACAAUACAAGAUCCUUCAACUGUUACUUCUAAAUUUAAACUAUCAAAUUUAUCUUUGAUUUGCUAUUCAAUAAUUUCAAACUCGGCCAGUGUAGUACGCUUACCACGCCAUCCAUGGCACCUAUGGAAACAACUCAAUAUUAAUUGCGCUUUCGUUCUUUAGGAUCAUUAUGAAUCUUUUUAUCAAUGCGACGACGACAGAAGGAGAUCCUUCAGAUGAAAUAGAAAAAGGAAUCCUGAGAAUGGUAGACUCAAAAAAGUUUGGUGUGCUUCCUAUUAAAAGCGUCACUAUUUCAGGUAUGCCUUUUACUUCCUCUUUUUACAGUGAUAUCAUGAACAUGGAAUACAAAGUUUCUUCACGCCUCUCGCACAAAUCACCUACGGCCGGUUAUUUAAACAGAUUUUAGCUGUUGUUUACCAAAACCGCGUUCCAAGCCAUCUUCAAUUUAACCCAACCAUUUAUCUGAACAUUGAUUUUUGUGAACAGAGUCAACCCUCUGAUAGUGAAUCUCUGAGGAUUUGGGUUACACCUUGUGUAAAUAACCGGCCCUCAUAGUUUGAUGAUGAGGUCAAAGAAGUAAAGUCUGCACCCUGACGAAACUGCCCUUCUACCUGGAACUUAUCCUGGUUUUCGUUGCGGGAAGAGACUAGAUAGAAUGCAAGUCCAUUACAGCCCCCCCCCCCCUCCCUUCCCCAGUCCACCGUCAGGACUCCUUGAAAGUUUGCUGAUACCCAUCUAUACUCCUGGGUGGAGAGAGGCAUGGUGAAGAGUAAAGUGUCUUGCCUUAUAAUACAACACGAUAAGACGGCCGGGACUUGAACCCGAACUUCUCAACUCAGACUUCAGCACGCAAACCGUCAAUCCAGCGCGGAUUGCGAAGUCUAACAGACAGAUAAAAUGACAAAACUAUUUCUAAUUAUGCCGCAGAUUUACGUCCGCCACCUCCGACAAACUUGAGACUUGAUGACAUCCAAGCUAAAGAAGCCACCAUCACGUGGCAGCCACCACAUCACCCUGAAGUGUACGAAGUCAGUGGGUUCACUGUGCAGAUGAAAAAGGUUCUAGGUGGAACUGGAUAUGUCACUGAAAUGUCUGUGGGCGCUGAUCUCACCAAAGCACAACUGACUGAGCUCGAACCUGAUACCGAGUACCUGGUACAAGUUACGGCACAUAGGGAUAAAAGUGGAAAAACCGGGUUGUCGCAGCCAUUAGAAAUGACUACCGAGAAAGGUGCGUAUUUAAGGGUUUGUAUCGAGCUUUUGAUUUAACAUUGUUAAUCGUUGUUACUGUUGUUAUUGUUGUGGUCGUUCUUAUACGAGUUUUUUUUUUCUUACACUUAGCCAUACUGCUGCCACACUUCUAAUCCCCUUUCUGAAACAUUCCUAGCUCAGCUACUGGGUUCCCACAGUGUCAGGAGUAUUUUUCUUUCAAUAAAUGCAAGAAAUACUUCACUCUCUCUCUUCUGAGGUGCCUCUUGAAAUAAUUUCAUAGAUCAAUUAAUUCCCGGUUGAAUUCUUUUUUGACUCUACUGCUUUGCCCGCCUUGCAGGCACACAAGUUGUCGCCAUAGUCGUUGGUAUACUUGCAGCAGUUCUUGUGUUAGUCGCGGUGGUGGUUGCUGUUGUGUUUUACCGUAAACGUCAAUUUCCCCCUCGAGACGAAGAAAGAAGGUUUACCUUAGAUGAGGUUUGUGUGCCUCUAUUUUUAACGUCUGUAAUACUUGUAUUCCUUGCGUCUAAAUCUGCAAAUCUUGUGUUAAGCCUUUGACGAGAAAUUUCUUAAUUUCGUUAAUUGCAUGAAAUUGGACAAUUGUUUCCAAUGAAGUAAAAUCUACGGAAACUCAAAACGUUAACUCUACAGAAACAUCUAAAAAAGCUUCUGGGAUGUCAUUUUCGUUCUUUGUUUGUGUGUGUGUUUGUGUUUUCUCUUUUGGUCAUACUCCUCUAUUUCCCUUGAUUUCAUGAGUCUGACAUAGUCACUAUAGUCCCUGCUCUGUUAAUAAUGUUUUUAACUUGUUUAGUUACAACUAAGGCAAGGGAGAAGAACCUACGGUCCUGCUGGUGACACAAACCCUUACGAGUUUAAUGCGCAACACCUCCACUUGGUUCCAGAGAACUUCCAUCGAAAUUGGCCUGAAAUCCCGCGGGAUUAUCUCAAGAUUGGGGACGAACUUGGCGCUGGGGCUUUUGGUGUCGUAAAGAAAGGAUUUCUAAUGCGAAACAAUAAAGUCAUUGAAUGCGCUGUAAAGAUGUUAAAAAGUAAGUUCUUUAUAUAAGGUUACGUCUACAAUAUAAGGCUUUUUGUAAAUAUAUCACUUUGACUACUGCGUGAACAAAAAAAUGGCCGCAUGUAAGCUGAUGUGAAAUAAUUUUUUACACAUUUUUAAUGAAAAUGCUUUUCUAUUUACGCAAAAACAAAAACAGUAAAGUCUGGAUUGUUUCUCUUCAAACUUGCUGAAGAGAAAUUCGUUUCAAAGCUAUUUUGAUGUCGAACUCCCCAUACUAAUAAACCCUUCUCUCCCAAGAUCUCAUCAGUAAUUCUCCUUACUAUCUAUCAUACAAUUCUUAUGAUGUUAGUUCUGAGAAUUUGAUAUUGGAUAAGCUAAUUGAUGUUUCUCUUUUUUUCUUACUUUUUGUCUGCUUGAUAUUGUAUUGGCACUGUGAGGAGAAAUUCUGUCUUGGUCACUCACGGUAGUUAAAGGGUUAACUUAUUUUAAUUAUUCCGCCAGAACACGGAACUGAACUAGAGUUACGAGAUUUGUUCAACGAGCUUAACAUCAUGGGUUCUGUCGGAAAUCAUCCGAACGUGGUGAGCUUGAUUGGAGCAUGCUCAGACGAUGGUAAGAAUCAUCGCUUCGCAAGAUUACAUCACCUACCCUCCCUAACUCAACAACAGUUAAUUGACAACAAGUUAAGGUUAAUGUUGGGUUAGGGGGGGUAGGUGGGCAGCUGCCCAGAUACUGAUAUUGAUCCACGCGUCCAGGGUUUAAUGUGGUAUGCUCCAGAAAGAAUAUUACUAUGAGCUGUAUUAUACACACAUUUUGAUUCGUUAUUAUUUAACAUCUAGUUGAGGGCAGACGAAUAGAUGUUGUCACCAUUAACAACAUUUUGUUUUUUUUUAUCAUAUUAAACAAAUAGAUUUCACUUUACCUUGGGUCUGUAAUAGAUUAAUAAUAAUUAAUAAUUCUGUAAUAGAUUAAUAAUAAUUAAUAAUUCUGUAAUAGAUCACAGAAGACAUUAAAAUGUGGCAAGAAUAUCAGUGACACACACUGCUGCACCACGUGUGCCCCUUUUUAUUGUUCUAACCACAUUUUGACACCAUCUGUGAUCUUUUACCUAACAACAUGGAAUCUGAUUGUCAGGUAACACCCCCAUCGACACUUGUAGUCAAAUAAUAUACCAAAGUGCCUGAAUAGUGGUAGUAGAUCCCAAUAUGGUGCUUAUAUAACGACAACAUUUCGGUGUACAUACCAGCGAAAAGACAAUGAUACUCUAUUUCAAUGCUCCCUAACGCCAUCAUCCUGUCGUUUGGCUAUGGUUCGCUAUAUAUGGAAGCAAAGAGAGAAAGUAGGUUUGUGAUGGAAGCUCCUCUAAGACCAAAAAAAAAGGCCGUUGGGUAGAACCUUUUUUGCGCAAUCGGUCAAGGGGUAAACGUAAUCCUCACUUCCGGAUGUCGCAUCGUUUGUUUCUUCCACAGGUCCUCUGUGGGUCGUAGUUAAGUUUGCUGAAAACGGCUGCUUGCUGGAUUACCUUCGGAAGCACAGAGAAGAGAACUACAAAGACCCUAAUUACGUCAACGUAAAAAACAAGGAUACUGAGCAGGAGGAGUCCAAAGGAAUAACCAAUGCUGAAAAAACUCGCUUCGCGUACGGCAUUGCGAAGGGAAUGAAUCACUUGGCAAAAAUGAAGGUAGGAAAACCACCAUGAUAAGAUUCGUUAGCAUUCCAUUUGAGUCACAAAGUUUUAUCAGUUGGUAAUUUAUUUGGUGUAUUUUUGAAGCCUUUUUUAAGAGGGGGAGGCGAAUUUAAGAGUGGUCUGGCAAUUUCUCUUUUCUUUACCCCUUCUGUAGAUUUUUUAAGGCUUUUCUCUGGCUACAAUAAAGUUCUGCUACAGAAACGACAACAUAGAUUCAGGGAAGAAAAGAAUGCAAAUAGAUACGGGUCCACCAUGGAUUCCUAACGUUUUUUCUGCAAAAAAAAUUAAUUUCCCCAAACAAAUGUCCUCAAUGUAACCUCUUCGAGUCAACCGCUCUGAGGAAUUGCGGUAAUAGGUUAAUCACUCUUCGUAAAGCAAGUGAUAAAGACGUCCUAGCUUCAAAACCAAGGCUCGUUGAAGUUGAAAUUAUGAAGUUGUAUGUUGAACCUGUUAGUCUUUCAGGAUUCCUCUUUCUACAUUUUCCUGGUACAAGGAGUGUCAUCUUCUCGGGGCUCAAUGAAAAUAAAACUCGAAAAUUUUCGUAGAUAAAAGAUAUCCUUUGAAUUUUCUCUUUAGUGUAUACAUCGGGACCUUGCCUGCAGAAACGUGCUUUUAGGAAAGAACCGCAUACCGAUGGUGGCAGACUUCGGACUCGCUCGUGAUAUCUAUGAAAGUGGGAUGUACGAAACUACAACCGGGGUAAGACCCGAUGUUCAUUCAUCUCCAAAUAUGACCUCCAUGCAUCUUACUUACUAAACUGAUGUUGUCUAAUCUUGCAGUUGUAUUUUACAAUAUACACUAAACAUAUGGUCCAGAGGGAAACGGUUGGUUUUGUUUUCCCGAGAGUCCUGAUGUUUCCCGAGACGAAACAUCAGGACAAAAUAAAAAUAACAUAAAUAAUACCAAAACAUAAAUAACUAGUUAGUUUCCCGAGAGAUCAUACCUUAAGUGCUUUGUUAUAUAUUUAGACUUUCCCUUAAACAAUCAUAUAGCAAAAACAUGCUGUUGUAUUCGGCGCGCGGGCAACAACUGUCCCAGUCGGGAUACCUUUGAAUUAUUUGAUCAGGGGCACGUGACCAAGAAUAAAUUAAUCGCAGUGCUCGUUUUGCUGAGUAAAAGUCUAGGUACAUAACAAUGUGUGAUAAAAGUAAAUGAAUUUAUCAACUGCUUUGAUUUGUAGACCUUGGCAUGUAACUGGUGCGAGUUAAUUCCGCACACAGGUAUUCUGUGUCCUAAAAGAGUUGAAUGUAGUUUCAAGUUAUUUUAGAAUUAUCUUUUACCUAAUGCAGGGUAAACUUCCGGUCAGGUGGAUGGCUUUGGAAUCACUGCAAGACUACUCCUAUACUUCUGAGAGUGAUGUGUAAGUAUUUUAUGGCUAAAAGCUAUACAGACUGCUAUCUUCCUGAGAGAUAAAACUUCGUUCAUUUUUCACAAGCGAGGCACAGAAAAAAAAAAUGAAUCUGCCAAGAGACAUAGAACAUCACGCUUACGGAUUUCGCAAUGCAAUGCUCUACCAUUGUGCUAAAGUGAGUGGUAAGCUAAGUGGUACUUCACGCAGUAAUUCCAUGUGUAACACUGACCGACAAUAAUUUGAAAAGUGUCGUGUUUGUGUAAACCAAUAACGACGUUUGAUAAACUAUUUAUUUGUUUUUUUCUUAAACCAGAUGGGCAUACGGUGUUGUUUUGUGGGAGAUUGAAACUGGUGGUGAGUUGCAUUGGCUUCUUGAUUAUGGCUAACCCUUUACACCAUAAUAUCAGUAUGCAUUUUCUCCACACUUUUCUUUUUACAUUUCCUGAGAUGCUGACAAGGAGAAUUUGUUUGCCAAUCAAAAGGUUCCUUCCCUGGUGAUCAUUUCCUCUUUCCUCACGACCUUAAUGUGUGAUUCAGAAAGUGAUAUUGUAGGGAGAAAUUAGAUACUAGUCACUCUUAGGGUUAAAAGUUUUUUUUAUCUUUUUCUUGUCAAUUGUUGCAUUGGCUUUCUAAGUUUUUUAUGUUUUUUUGUUUUGAUUUUGUUUUGUUUUUUAUUUGUUUGUUUGUUUUAAAUAUCAGUCUCUCAAAUUUACUCUCAGUACUUAUAAAGAUACCUCAAAACAAAUUUAAAAUCUUCUUUUUUUUUUGCCUUUUGUCUGUCUCUUUUGAAGCCAAUGUCCCGUAUGCUGCUUUGGGAGGACAGGAGAUUGUUGAAGCUUUGAGAAGAGGAGAAAGGUUGUCAAGACCUGAGAGAUGCACUGAUGAAAUGUACGUGAAAUAACAUUUGUGAGGAAUUCUGCUGUUUUCUUUUAACUCACUCCAAUAUAAACUGGAAUCGCUGAAAACUAGACCUUAAUAGUUAAAUAACUAAAGGACGCAAAGGUGUCAUCACCUGUGGUGACCGCUGGAUGGUUAGUCUGCCUCCAGCCUCUCUUUAGCGCUGCGGCACGCGCGGCCAAGCCAGCCAGAAUUGAUUGGGUGAGUGAAACGAGUGUACGAUGAGUCUGUUAGCAGUCUGGCACUAAAAUUGAGUAUAAGACUCUCACGCGUUCGCAUCUUUUGCCAGCUCGUACCUGCGUGCUUCACAGCUUCUGUCCCAGGCCCAUUUAGAGUCUGGUUGCAGGCUCCUUGCCGGUCAGCUGGCUGGCUGACUGAGUAGACUACCAAGACUAAGAGAGAUUUUUUUCUCGUCGGACUUAGUCAGCCUGGCUGUCCAUGGCUGCUAACUGCUAACUUAAUGGGCCAGUUAACACUUAUUCUUAGAGGAGGCUAGUGACUUGAGAGCAUGCUUUUUCCUGUAAUAUUCCUGGGUAGCUGACGUCACCUUUCCUGUAAUCGUUAAAUCUUAAUAGUAGGAAUAUUAAAGAAAAUUAUAUUUUCAUAAUAAUGGGAGAGUUGUAAUGGUUCAUUUUCUCCCGGCUAAUCUCAAACUCUUGAUGUAACUGAGUGUUAUUAAGUUAUUAGGCACAAUUUGAGGUUGUGAUUGGCAUCUCUGGUGUGACUGUCACAAAAUCGAAUGAAGAUCGAUUCUGUUUUUUUCAGGCUUACGUCUAUGCUUUUCGUUCAUUUUAAAAUAAGUUGAACUUAUUUCAAUCGCUUUUCAGAUAUGAAAUCAUGACAAAUUGCUGGCACGCUGACCCAAAGGAAAGGCCAACUUUCGAAGAUAUUGUUAAGCUCACCGAAAGAAUGUUAUUGGAGGAUUCUGUAAGUCAUAAUUAUAGAGCAUGCGCACGUAUGAGCGUAUGAACUUGAAAAGUUACUCAAUUUAUGAGCAACUUUUCAGGUAAAAAUGUUUGACCUUGAUUUUGAAAUUACGUCACUAAUAGCUGAAAUUUGGCAGCGGCAAACUUAGAGAUUAAUUGUAAUGAGUACUUAUCCCAUUUCAAUAUCCGCGCUAUUUCAUCGAUUUGGUUGUUUAUGAGUAACAGUUAGUUAUCGUAUCAUAGCUAUCAAGACCAUUUCGUGUUACUGCCUUUUUUUGUUGUUGUUGGUUUUUUUUUCGUUUGUAGAACGUUGCCUGUUCAACACCUCAUUGCCUGUUGUUAUUGUUUCGUAGGACUACUUGGAGCUCGAAGACGAAAUGGCAGAGGAAGGAGACGAAGAAGAAGACGACACUCCUUAUGACGAAACAUCCUUCCGUCGAAUACCAGAAGAAUUUUUGUCCGAUCCUGAAACAGCAACACAGAGCUCACAACCAGUCCUGGAGCCCGCGAGUCCCGUCCAGUUUGACCGACAACUUCCUUUAGACAAUGACCAGGAAGGGAAGGAUGAAGGAAAAGGAGAUAAAAAUACACAUUUUUAAUCUAAUCACGUAUGGCUUGAUAGCACAGUGUGGGGGUUAACAUCCUAACUCCCUGGACUCAUUAUCACAUUAGUUGUCAUAAUAAUAGAAAUAUAUUAUCUAGCCAGCAGUUUGCGAGAAUUGGCAAUCUAAUAAGUUCAGUAGAUGGUGUUUCCUUUAUAAAACACCUUAUUCUCUUAACAAAAUCUCUGAGGAAGUCUGUAACAACCAGGAGAGAAAACUAAGGACCAGGUCAAGGAAGUGUAAGGCUAAGAGUUAUCGUCACAUGACCCGCAAGGCCCCGCAUACGCUCCAUGUAAAAACACAAUGUAAACAUCCCCGUAUGAGGGCCGAAGGCGAUGGCGCGAGCAAGACCAGGAAAACCUUCCCGCCCUGUGUAUCCAAAUCUUAGGAAGGUGGACCAAGGGGAAGAUAUGGAAAAAUGCUUACUGACUGAUUCAGGUCGGGCCGGACGGGAAAAUAUCUGGUUCCAAGGUUCUCCUUUGCGAUGAUAGGACUUGUCGUUUUGACAAUAUGGGCUUCUAUGAUGACCUUGUCUCACGCACUCGAAACAUCGAAUACCGCAACGACAACAGUCCCUUUUGAGGACUACUUUCACACGGACGAUCAGCCAACACGUCCAAAGCACUGUUAUCGAGAGAGAAAUUACCAGAUCAUUUUCAACCCGAUGGUUUAAAUGUUGGAAAAGGGUUAAUAUUCCCUCUGUUACGCUUCAGCGCCUUGAUAAUUUUGUUUUCAGGAAACAUUUCUUUCUCAUCAGCUUCCUCACAACUUUCCAUGUUUAGCUUAAAUUGCCGCCGAAGUCUUAACCAGUAUU